AGACAAACGACGGACGAUUACACAUUCUACCCGACUCACACAACUCAAAAAUAUUUUAGACCGACGGAGAAACAGUCAUUUGGUUUUAAACCCGAACUUCAAUAUUGCUGCAAACUUCAGAAUUGUGAUGUAAAUAUUACACUGGUGACGUCACUGCCUCCGGAGACACGACGCAGACAGCGCACGCAGCCAAUAAGAGAGCGCGCUUUCACUGCUGGAAUUUAACUCUAGGAUGUGAUGAGACUGUUGAGAUUAACUUCACAGACUCCAUGCUACGAAAGCAAACUCAUGAACCUAUUCCGCGUUUUCAUGGAAUUUGGGAAUUCGACGACAUGAAUCUAAGGGAUGGAAAUCACACAGCUCUUUUUAAUAGACGGUGAUUUUAUGGUGCAUCGGUCUAAUGGACAUAACUCUAAAAAAUGACUAUGACUUCACUGUCUGAAAGUUUGGUGGCUUCAGACCCCUCAAAAUCGGCAUUUCUGGAGUUCAGUCACGGCUACCAGUCUCACCAGCAGCAUUCCCCCGGUGUGUCCCACGCGCACUAUCCCGUGCACGGUUUGCAUCAAGGCGCACAUCCGCAGUACGAUACGGCCUUCUCAUCUGGCGCUGCUUUGUAUGGCCGUCCGCUCAGUUACCACUAUCCCAGCGCCCAUCACCACCCCGGAGCUUACCUACCCUAUCAACACAACAGUGCAGUUGGUCAAUCAAGAGGAGAGGGUGCAGAUUCCGAUAAGCAAAAUUCCAUCGAAAGUGGAGAAAUACGCCUGAACGGAAAGGGGAAGAAGAUUCGCAAACCAAGAACCAUCUACUCGAGCUUCCAGCUGCAGGCGCUCAACCAGCGCUUCCAGCAGACCCAGUACCUCGCGCUCCCUGAACGCGCUGACCUGGCUGCCAAACUGGGGCUGACACAGACACAGGUAAAGAUAUGGUUCCAGAACAAACGUUCCAAAUUCAAAAAGAUAAUGAAGCAUGGCUCAAGCGGACCAGAGGGAGAACACCUUCAAGCAGCUCCAAACUCUGGGCCACCAUGUUCACCAGGAAUGCCACCCCUGUGGGACGUUUCCAUGUCAACCAAGGGUGCUCCCAUCCAUUCUGCUGGAUAUAUUAAUUCUUUUGGACACUGGUACCCUGGUCAUCAUCAAGACCCAAUGCCAAGAGCUCAGAUGAUGUGACUGGAUUUGUAGGACAAUCUACAGUCCAAUUCCCCACUACUGAUUCUUAUCAGUACACUCUGUUUCAGAUCACACCUUUCAGCACUGUUUACUUACAGUCAAGCUUUCCUCAAGUUCCUCUUCAUACAGAUUUAGGUUGUUGACAAAGUUUUUUUGCUCACGGAUUCAUGGGGUGUUUUUUUUUUUUUUUUUUUAAAGACUGGAAGUAACAGCCUGACUGCUCUGAACUUGAAUUUUGUAUGCUCUAGGAAUUUGAAUAAAAUGCAUUGUCUUGUUGCCUCUUGGUUGUCUGGCUGUACCCUCUAUCAGAUAUUGCAAAGCCUGCAACUUCAGCUGCUUCACAAUUUUAAUUUAUCUGGACUGUUUAUCUGUCUAUUGCAUAUAAUUUUUCCUCCGUUAAAACAACAGACUUAAGAAACAAUGUUUUCAAUUAGGAGAUAGACCGAUAUAUAUAUCGUAAUUAUCGGUUAUCGGCAAAAUAAAUAUGCCAAUCGUUCCUCUGUGGCCAGUGCUGGAGGAGUCUACAGUUAGAAAGGCUUGUUUCUACUGUAUAACAGUGAUCUCUAGAAUUUAAAUAAAAACA